CCCAUUUGUAUGUUUUCUUUUUUGGAGAGUUCUUUUAAUUUGUAAACAGCAACUUGCGAAAUGCUUAAUUAAAAGAAGGUUAAUCUGCAAACUACAAUUAACAGUUUUAUGACCAGAAUAGAUAUACCUCAGAUUACUCAGAAUCUUCCUUUUAAAAGGUGGGCUCUUGGUGAAUUAGUUAUCGUAAGUUAGUCUACUUUACAAAAUUAAAAAUUCUGUCGUCAACGACUCAGACUCAGAUAAGACAGAAGUAUGACUAUGACUGAGAGUGAGAGUGAGAAAGACUAUGACUGAUGCAGUCUGAAAAUAGAUACUUUUAUGAGCUCAGCUUUAUAUUUUCUUUACCGCUCCCUUCUUAUUCCACACUUUUUCCACAAGUACCACUUGACUUUCACAUUCAAAUAUAUUUGAUAUUUGCACUAAUUUUUUGGCCGCCAUCUUGGUUGACACUUCACUUGACUUCAGGUGUCGUGUCAACCAAGAUGGUGGCCAUGAUAGGAAACCCUGGGCCGACAGCUAAUAAUUUACCUUUUACCGAUAUUUCUUGUGGGGCCACUAAAAGAAGAAAAAUAGUAAAUUUGGAGAGAUGGCGGCCACGGUGCAUUUUGGGUAAAAAGCGUGGCCGCCAUCUUGGUUGCCAUGAACUUAUGUCCUAAAUCUAUCCCUAAACCUAACCUGAACGCUAAACUUAUCCCUAACGUGGAUUUUGGGGGGGGGGGGGGGGGUUUGGGGCAAUUGGUGAGUUAUAACAUUUUUUUUUUUUAUAUUUUUUUUUUAUUUUUUUUUAUUUUUUUUUGGGGGGGGGGGGGGGGGUUUCAGGCCAUGUGUGACGUUAAACAUUUAUUUUUUUUAAAUUUUAUUUCUAAUUUAUUUUUAAUUUUUUUAGUGGAAUUUAAUAGCUUUAAAAAUAAUUUUCAAAAAUUUUGUGUAUCAUUUGAAUUAGUUUUAUGUCAAAAUAGUAUGAAAUGCUAUCUCCUGAAUGUGUUGUUCACGAUUCCUCUCGCUAGGAGCGCUAGUAUGCUGUUGCAAAGCCUUGUUUUAUGUAUAGCUUUGCUUUCGUCUCUCCUGAAGUAUUAUUAUUUCUAUGUUGUCCGCUGCAUAAUUAUGUCACUGUCCUUUUUAUUAUUUAAUCAUUUGGUGAGGUCAAGUUUCUCUUAUAUACUUCUUAACCUGUGUAAAACGAUUGCAUAAUCGGAAGAUUAUCUAAAACUUGACCUUACCUAUUGUAAAUGAAAAAAGCAACAGAUAAAUGAUAUAUUUUAUAUAAUUGUCUAGUCAAAUUUUUGUUUUCAAAUUCAAUCUAGAUUGAGUUACUGCUUCAAUGAAUCUGUGACAACUGUUGACAAUUAACUAUUCUACUAUUAAAGUCAUUUUAAUAUUGUGAUAGUGGAAAGUAUGUGGAAAUUUUAUAUUUUAAAUAUUAAUACAGUUUAAUAGUGAAGUGUGUUUUAGAUUAUAUUUUAAUUAGGUGUUAAUUUUUUUUUAAAAUUUGUUCGAAAGUGUGACAUACUUGGGGAGAGGGGGGAGGUCCGAUAUUCAUGACAGAUUGUGACGGUGUGGGGGGGGGGUAAAAUGGUCAAAAAUAGUGUGACAUACUUUAUGGACGACCCCCUAUUGGAACCAGAGUUUUGACCCUAUCGGAACCAGGGACAAAACAUGCAAAUGACGUCAGGGUGAUGAAACUCCAAAUUAGCCAGAAAAAUAAAUAAGAACAACCUAAUCCCAGAAGACACUUUUGGAGUUUAAAUAUAGGCCUACUAUAUACCAGGCCUUCACAACAUACGGCACCCACUUGGCGGCUCGCGAAGUAACAAAAUAUUCUUUAUUGUCAUUAUUUAAUACUUUUGCCCUGUCCUAUUAUCUUUCGGCCAGCACAAGCUUUUCAUAAAAUAUUAUGGCCCGCACAAGUUUUCAUAAAUUAUUAUGGCCCUGCUUACAUUUUGAGUGGUGCAGGCCUGCUAUAUACCAUUAUCUUAAUGUCUCUUAAUGAUGUGUGUUUGAUGUAGUCAAGGUACUUCACUGGGUUAUUAGAUUGCUUGUUAUAAAUCAUAUGUGCAUUUCUAUGUAAAAUAGCACUGUGUAAUGUGUAAAAAAAAAUAUUAUUGAAAAUUAAUAUGAUUUUUUUUUCUUUCUUCUUUUAAGAUUGAAAUGAGCAUGGCUUCAAGCAAAUAUACAUUAGUACCAAUGUCAGAUCAUGAGGACACUUUUGACUUUAAAUCAGUUUUCACAUACAAUGAUGGAAAUGAAAUUCAGAGGCAAAGUUACAAAUCUAUCUUUACUUAUAGUGGUGAUAAGAUUGAGGCACAGAACAAUGAGAUUGGUAGGCAUAUAAUACUAAUAGUAGUAAUGGUUUUCAUUAGAGUAUUACAUAUCUUAACAGUUAAUAAUAAAUUUUGUUACAUAGGUUAUGUAGGCAGCUGACUUUUUAUUUUGCAUAUUCCAUAGCAUCAGAACUUCGCACAAAUAGGAUUGCAAGAUUUUUCGUAAUGCUGGGAUAUUUCAUUAUUUUUGUUCUCGCAUUUCCACUGAUGAUAUGGUUCAGCAUCAAGGUAAUAUGAAUUAGUUAAGGAAUUUAUUUUUUAAAAUAAAAAAUCACUGUCAUUUACAAUUGCUUUAGCUUGAAAAAAAAAUAAUCUACCUCCCUCUUUUCUUGCAUUUUAAGAAUUAGUGGGUCAUUGUAGCUCAUGUUAUUUAGGAUUUCACCAGGGUCCUCAAAAGAAAUUUCUUUUAUUGAAAUCUACAGGUUUGAUAGAUGAGAAAAGUACAGUUUAUUAAUUUAUAAAUUAUUAAAAGUCUUAAACCAUCUUUCCGCACUUGUGUGGAUGCACAUGACCCUGAUUUUUUUAGUCAUAAUUUAACCUUUUUAGGUUUCAAAGUGAAGUCAACAAAUUCCAUGUCAUUGGCCAUUAAAGCAGAAUUGUGGUAUCUGGUGUCUUGUGGGACAUGCGUAAUAUACAGACAAAGGUUACCAUUAUUAUUAAAGGACAUUCAAGCUCAUACAUUUUUUUUUAAAAAGCAACACAGCUAAUUAAUCAGGGCAGGAAAAGAAAUUGAUGCAUCUUAGAGCUCGACAGUUGAAUUUGUAUAUGAAAGAAGCACUCUCAGGUCUAGAAUGUAUAUGGGGAAAUAUAAUUAAUAUUAUUUGUGAUCAGAUGGUGUUUUUAAAAAAAUUAUGUUUAAUAGACUUUAAAUUUCAAUUAAUUUUUAUUCACAGAAAGUACCUCAUAAUGAGAGGCUGGUAGUAUAUAGGUUAGGUCUUCUUCAGAAGUCAAAAGGUCCAGGUAUGUUCUCUUGAAAUGGAAAGAUUAAGAAGCUUUUAUGUUCUUGUAUUUUAAUCUCUCUGGGAUUUCUUUGCUACAAAUUUUUAAGCCAGUAACUUUGAUCAGUUAUUUUAAAGUAGGGAACAACCGGGUAGACAUUAUUACCAGGCACUGAAUCCAAGUUUAUUGGGACUAUUAUUUGCCAUAUCCAGGUAUGAAUCUGAGUACUAUUCAAUCCACUGACACAUUAUUCAUGAUUUUUCAAAUAGUGCCUUUGAUUUUGUUAAACAUUGACUUGUAGACUAUGACGUAUCCUAUCAAUUUCACUAGUAAAUUAUGUAUACUUUUCAUUUAAUUUCUGUUAAUUUAAUUAAUUGAUGUAUGGUGUAAAAUUUGUUAAAUUUCAAUCUAAUUUCUUAAUUUAAUAUAAUUUUACAUUACUAUUCAUCUUGAGGUCUUGAUUUAAAUCAUGAAAUUAUGAAAUCAGGUAAGUCAAGAGCUCAACUUCAGUAAGAAAAUUAAAAUAUUCAUCAAGUAUAAAUAAUUAAUUAAAAGUAAAUUAUCCAUAAAGUGCAAAUAGUUUAAAAAAACUUCCAUCCACAUGUACUUCCCCCACUUUCUUAUGGUUAAAAUACAAGACGGUGAACUCAUUAACUUUGUCAAGGCCAAAAAUAUAUUCAUCGCACUUUGUUAAUUUAAAUACAGGAAUCUGUAUCAUAACAGCUAGUAUAAUUAAACGAAUUGUCUAGUUAUCCAAAUUUUUUAUCAAAUCCAUCAUAGGAGUCCAGUUUUGAAAAAUUACUACCGAUUGGUGGAAGAAACAAUUGAUGAAAAUUGGACUUUAACGAGCCAUUUUCUUUUAAAAGUUGUGAUUUAUUCAUGUGGGAAGGAUGUAAAGAUGUUAGAAUCUGUGCGCAGCUUAGGGGAGAUUAUUCAUAAAUGAUUCUUGUUGCUAUAUUAUAACUUACAGCUAAUUACUAUUAAGCAAGUGUUGAAUUAGCAGUUUUUUCUGGCAAAAAGCUGUGGGGUGCUGCUGACGUUUGUUUUCUUCUUCUGGGUUUUGAAUUGGAAAUUUAGAACACAAAGUCAUCCAGCUGCCUAUUUUAAUACACGAGUUCUUUGAGUUUCUUUAAAAAUUCUAAUUUUGAAAUUAAUAUCGGGAUCGGCAUGGGUAGGAAUGGCAUGAAUUGCUGAAGUGAAUAUUUGACCAAAUGUGUGAGGCGAUUUCCGGUUGUUUCCCUAAUUCUAAGUCUUUCCCUUUCUAGCUUUUUAAUUAUUUGACACAAUGGAAGUAAGUCUUGUUUCUUACAUUUCUGAUAUAAUAAAAGUGUUGUUUUUGCAUUCCCAAGGACUUGCGUUGGUGUUGCCAUUGAUUGACCGUAGUCAUAAAGUAAAUGUCAGUCUAAAAGCAUUUAGUGUUCCACCAAAACAGGUAAUUUUAGAUAGUUUACAGUUACAUAAAAUUUGACCUACAAUCACAAAGUAAUUUUUUUUUAAAAGAUUUUCUUUUAAAAUGUAUGUAGUUGAAAUUCAUGUUUAUUUAAUAUCAUGGUAAGUGGGCAGAAAAUAAACACUUUCUAAUUAAAGAAAAAAAUAAUUGUAAAUGAGCAUCGCUGGUGUAACUCUGAUCAGGUCUUGUCAUUUAUUUCUUAUCUGAGAAGAAAAACCACUGUUUCGUCUAAAACCUCAUUUUAACUCAAAUGUGUUUCUAAUGGCAGAACCAAAAAAAAUAUGUGUGGGAUUGUGAAAAGGGUCAGAGGUACAAAUGGUUAAUACUCUAUUCAAAAUGUUUAUUUCUGAAAUGUUUUCUAUUUUUUAAAACUCUCAUCACAACCCAUAUGGGGCAUCCAGAUGGCAAGUGAUGUGAUUAAAUGCCCUGCCCCCAAACCAAAUCCUUUAUUACCUCCUGAAUAUAUCUGAACUAUUUUUUCAUGGUAUAACUGAUGCUCAUGUCCACUUGUCACCCAUCUAGAUUAUCACUGGGGAUAAAGCCAUUAUAGAGGUAGGGGCAGAAAUCUACUUCCAGGUCGUGGAUGCGGAGAAGUCGGUGAGCAAUGUCCAGAAUCUUGACAGAUCCACACGCAUCCUGGUUCAGACAGCUCUUUGCAACAUGCUAGUCCAGAAGUCAUUAUCAGAGAUAGAGGCAGAGAGGAUGUCCAUAGCAAAUGCUCUGAUGGUAAUUCAGAAAUCAGUUGUUUUGAAGUUGCCCAUUCAUUGAGUGUUUAUAAUUGAGUAAAUAUUAUUGAGGAAACAAUGUAUUUUUCUGAUUUUAAAACAUUUGUUUUAACAAAGAUUCUUUUUGUAGCUUCUUUAGUAAGUGUAACUUUCUUGUGAUAUUGCUGCAGGUGAUAUUCCAAGGGCAAGUUGUAACAAUGAUAAAGGAUAUGAUUUUUUUAAAAAUUCUUUACAAUUACAUUAAAUACAAAAUUUAAAAAAUUGGUUGUGUAUUACACUCAAUUGAAUUCAUGCAAUUUUGUUUCCUUGAGUUUCCUUGUGCUUUUGUAAGCUUUGUAUCUUAAUAUCACCACUGGGCAAAAUUUUGAUACCACCACAUGAGCAAAUUUUGAUACCACCACAUGGGAAAAUUCUGAUACCACCACAUGGGAAAACUUUGAUACCACCACUUGGGAAAACUUGACAUGGUUUUAAUGUUAAUGUACAAUGACUCUUUCAUUCAUAGUUGUUAGAAAUGUUUGACUCGUUCAGUUCAUACAAUUCAUGUUUUAGUAAAAGGCCAUUAAUUGUUUUUAAUUUCAGCUUUACAUUUAAAAAUUGUUUAGAAAUAUUGAAAUUUUUUGAGAAAACUCCAUUCGGAGAUGAUAAUAUUGUUUUUUUUUUUUAAUCAUUUAAUUUUAAAAGUACGGUAGUUACUUGUCUGAGCAAUGAAGACAACAUUUUCAAUAAACUUAGAAUAUUGUGUUCUUCUUUGUUAACAAUUUAUUUUGUCUUUAAAUUGGAUGACACAAAAAUAGUUCAAUUCCACAGGUUAACAGCAACAAAACAUGUGCUAAAUGGGGUGUUUACAUCUCAAGAUCUGAAUUGUAAGCAAGCACUGCCCUUUGGCUUCAGUUUAUUUGUUUAUUUUUUUUUUUUUUUUUUUUUUUACAAAAUAAAACUAAUUGAGUGAAAACGCCUUCAAAAAAAUGAUUGUGCAACACUGAAACGCUUUCUCAAGCUUAAAUGACACACAUUUUGGCUUUUAGAUCACAGAUUAAAGUUUUGCAAGGACCGGCUCCCAAAAAGGCGCCAACGGUUUUCAUGCCGCCUGGCAUGUUUGGAGCAGGGGAAGGAACUGGAGCUUUGCCGUCCAUUUUUGCCCAGCUGGCUCAAGCCGUCACUGAAACGCAAGGCAGGUCAAGAUUUCCUAAACAUUUUAUUCAUUCAUAAUUCAUAUAUAUAUAUUUCUGUCUUAUUCCAGGGAAGUGUUUCGGUUCUCGUGUGAUACGAACUCUACCCUGUGGACUGAAUAGUUGUGUUGUUAGGAUUGUACUGUUGUGUUGUUCUUUGGGGGGGGAGGAGGGGAGAGAAUUAGAUUACUAAAAAUGUAUAAUCUACAAGCUGCGUCUCAAAUAAGUUUUUUCCACCUAAACCUUUUUUUUUAAUUAUUUAAUUUCAUUAGCCAAGCUUUAAAUAAGAUCAUGUACGUCAUUUCACUAUUGGAACUAUUUUUGUCAGGAAAAAACGCUGCAUUGUUUUAUAGUUGCCGGUGAAUAGUUUUCUGAAUGCACUUAGUCAGUUUCCACCUAAAGUUUUUUUAUUUCUUAUUUUGGUCAGCAAAAAUAAUGCAAAGCUAAAGAUAUUUUUUGUAAUUGAACAGCUAACCGAAUACCAAUCAAAUUUAUGAUUACGAUCAAAUGCCAACAUAUAUUUUUUUUCAAAUUCCAUAAUCAAAUACCAUUAACCAUAUAAUAUAACACUAUUAUAACUACAUCGCAUAAGACUCUCAUAACCACAUAACAUAAGACUCUUAUAACUACAUCGCAUAAGACUCUCAUAAUCACAUAACAUAAGACUCUUAUAACCACAUAUCAUAAAACUCUCAUAACCACAUAAGCAUUAGACUCUCAUAACCAUAUAACAUGAGACUCAUAACCUCAUAACAUAAGCCUCUCAUAACCACAUAACAUAAGACUCUCAUAACCACAUAACAUAAGACUCUCAUAACCACAUAACAUAAGACUCUCAUAACCACAUGACAUACGACUUUGUAAGGAACUUUGCUUAACUCUUCCAAAAGGCCAAGGAAAACCUGAGGCUAUUGCCCAGGCUCUGCAGGCAAUGAUGGGAGGCUUCAACCAGGGCGUGGCUCCAGUCGUGACCACAAACACAAAUGACCUGACCUCAUUUCUAGGGUCGGUGCAGGCUGGUGAACAAAACGGCGGCGGUGCUGGUUUGACCAAAGUAUCCGUGGAUGAUUAUGAAAAGGCCAGCAGUGGGGUCGAACAGGAAAGACUCAUAGGAGACACAAUGCCAUCCAACGUGUUGCCCGUGUUUGACCCUGAGGAUAUUUUGUCGCUGAUACGUGAGGCCCUAUGUGAGAGCGUUGUAGCCAAAGUGGGAGAAAGCUACCAGUUUGAGAUCAGUGGGACCGGGGCAGGAACUUACUAUCUGGAUCUGAAAAAUGGUGAGUUUAUCUGAAACGAGUUGCUGGCCUUGUAAUUACGUUUGACUUCAUAAGUGACCUGGCUUAUUUGGAAAAUAUUUACUGUAUGUACUCACAUAAACUCCCACCAGGGGAUAAGUUGCACCCUUAGCUUGGGGUUCUCAGAGUGGGUAACUGCGUGGCUGACCCACAGGUAUGUUGCACCUUUAGUUUGGGGUUGUCACAGUGGGUAUUUGCGAUGUACACCCACAGACGGGUUGCCCCUUUAGUUUGCCCUAUUUUGAUGUAAAUGUAAGAAAUAUUUGUUUAACAGGAAUCACACAAAUAUGUGUCCAUAACAACAGGGAAACUUUAAAAAAAAAACUUUUAACUACAUGAUCUUUAAGAAACAUUUUUUUUUAAAAAUGGAUUUACCUCUGCAAUUCCUGGGACUUUUUGUAUAAAUACCUGCUGCACACUGUAUAAAAUUAUGCAAAACUUAUGUACAGGGGAUAGGUCGCAACCCCUGAUUUUCAUCAAAAUGUUUGGCCAACAAAGUCCAACCAACACAUAAGUAUCUAUGAGAUAACAUGAUAUGUGAAAUUUUGAAAAAGAACUAACAACACUAAGGGUGCAUGGGCUAAAAUACUUCUUCAAGGGGACAAAACAACAUAGACAAAAUAAAAACAAUGAAAUUUAACUCAAAUGAAGUUGACCUCAAAAUCAAGAUGUUAUGAGGACCAAACAAAAAUCAAACCAGGAAUUAUGGGACAGGAGAAUAGGAAACUAGGUAUUGUACAUUUUUUUGGAUGCAAAUAGAAACAUUUGGCGAAGGAAUUAUUAGUCAUUGGAAAUAAUGUAUAGCAAAUAGUGUAUUUGAUAAAAACAAUAUUGAGAUGUAUCUGUGUGUCCAUUUUUUUUUUUUUUUUCUUUUUAAGAUAAGUUUUUUUAACAGCUUAGUGUUGCAUGACAAGUUCUUUCCCUUCACAUUAUAGGACAUGGAACCAUCGGCACUGGUCCCGACCCCAGUGGCAACCCUGCAGCCAUCUUAAGUCUGACCUUUGAAGACCUUCAGGCAAUGCUUUUGGGAGGGCUGAAACCCUUUCAGGCCUUCAUGAGUGGAAGACUUCGCAUCUCAGGGGACACAAAUGCAGCUUUGAAGUUGUCUGAACUUGGAACACAGAUAAAAGCAGUUACUUAUUCAAGACUUGGUAAAAUUUAAGUAAUAUUUGUACAUUUGUUCCCAAAAUUAUGCUGUUAAUUACUAUUGCUUUUUUUUAAAAUUUGAAAUUUUUGAUAAUUUUUUUAUUAUUUAUUAAACUUAAAAAUUUGUAAAUGAAAAAAACAACUUUGUAAAUUCAUUGACAGUUGUCCAUAGUUUCUGCUAAUUUUGAAUUUAUUUUUCAAGCUGCAAUUUUUAGUAGUUGAAAUAAAAUAAUGGUUCAAAGGAUUACUUUUAUAAAAUAUUUACAUUUUCUAACUACCAUUUUCUUAAAAAAACAAUUUGCAAUUUAUUUUGAAAAAUUGACUUUAUUUUCUACAGACUGUGAUACAAUUUUAAUUUUUAAAAUUAAGUUUUAUUUUAUUUCCCUCAUAGUUUCACAUCAUCAGUUUAAAAAAUAAUAAUAAUAUUUAUUUUAGAAAUUGUUUCUAUAAUUUAUUUUACACUUUUCAUCGAAAUAUUUAUUUUGUGUCUGGACAUGUUAUAAAUGUUCAUUAGCUAAUAUUGGGAUGACAGCUCAACCACUGCUUCUAUACAAAUGCAGCAAUUAAUUUAAUUUUUAAAAAUUGAUUUUAAAAUUAAUACUUUUUAAAAAUGAUUUAUAGAAUUGGGUAUCCAAUUUUGUCCAAAAAUUUUUUAAAAAAUGUUGAGGUAAUAAAAUGUCUUAAAACUUAUGCCAUUCAUGUUGCAGGUUCGUCACUUGAAAACGCAUCCUAAUUUCUUACCUCAGUCCUGUUAAACAUUGCAAACUUUAAAACAUGUUCAUUUAUUUCAUUUUUUCUUUUUCAAAAUACCAAGUUACGAGUUAUGACUAUUAAUUCUGUUCACAAUUAGAACAAUUCAAAAUUGAAGAAUCGCAAUAUUUCAAGUUUAAUUUUUUUUUUAAAAAUGCAAAACAAUGUGUCAUUAGCGAGAGUGGUUGUUAUCUCUUGCGUUUGUGUGUGAUAGUGAAAGAAAUGGUCAAUAUUCUAAAAAUAAGACCAUCAUAGAGAUUGUGUGUGCAGCUAUGCAUAUGUCAAGAUAACUCGUGGAAUACUCGCCCCCAAUGCAAAAUCUCUUAACUUUUAAUCCUUCCUGGCUGAUGGCUUAUUUAUGUACUUAACAUAUGGAGAUGUUCAUUCCAAUUUAUUUAUUUUUAAUGUGUCUGUUUAUUCAUUCUUACUGCACGUGGGCCGUUCAGUCCACCAUUGUUUUGUUUUAUAAGCCAGUUGUGUCCCAUAGCAGAAUUCUCUGUUCAUUAAUUUUUGUGUGACAAAUAAAAUUCAAAUCUGCAUCUGCUUUCUCAGGGUUGCCUAGUGAGAUUUCUUGUACUUAACUGAUCAGUAAACAUUCAAGACCACUGAUCACAAGCAAGUCUCUCUCUAGCUCUGUUUAAUAAGCUUAGAGUUCUAUCAGUUGAUUCUGUUUAACCACAACAGUGAACUCUACAGAAAAAAAUUUAGCAAAGUUGUCAAAUAUUUAUUUAAGAAAAAACAACAAAAAAAACAGAAAUUUUUUUAAUAAAAUUUGGAAGAU